AUGACCAACCCUUCAGGACACACCAGCCGCGAUGGAUACCAGUGGACACCAGAGACUGGGCUAAAAGCUGGAGUCCCAUGCCUUGGCGUGAUACAGCCUCAGUCGACUGUUGUCUCAAAAGACACGGUCUAUGAUGUCGCAGUCAUCGGUGCAGGAUACACAGGUCUCACAGCCAUCCGUGACUUGACAACAACAGGCCACAGCACACUCCUGAUCGAGGCGCGCGACAGAAUCGGCGGCCGAUCGUGGUCAUCAAACAUCGAUGGCUACCCCUUCGAGAUGGGCGGCACGUGGGUGCACUGGACACAGCCUUUCAUCUGGCGCGAGCUCUUCCGGUACAACCUUCUGGGUAAUCUCGAGGUAUCCAUGUCGCAGUCAGGCGGCAUCAACAAGUGCGCCGUGACCAUGUCCAAAGACAAGCCGACAAUUUUCCUGUCCCAUGAGGAAGAAGACAUCAUCUCAGAGUCCGGCCUGAAGAAGCUGGUGAACGUGGACGGCAAGCUUGGUCGGACCGUCAUCCCCUGGCCACACGACGCGCUGCGCAACAAGGAAGCCGUGGCCAUUUACGACAAGAUGUCGCUGAAGGACCGCAUACAGCAGAUCGAGCACGAUCUCACACCCCUGGAGAAGAACAUGCUCGAGGGGUUCCUGAGCAUCACCUGCGGAGGCCAGUGGGAAGACUCGUCCUUCUUCGAGAUGCUGCGGUGGUGGGCGCUCGCGAACUGGGACUACCGGGACUUUAUCGAGAUGGGCCUGACCUACAAGCUCAAUUGCGGCCAGAGCGCGUUGCAGAGGUCUUUGUUCGAUGAGGCACAUGGCACUGGAAGGUUGAGUCACAGCUUUUCGACGCCUGUAGCGAGUGUGCAUGACAAGGGCGACUUGGUUGAGGUGACUGGACGGGAUGGCACCGUCUUCAAAGCGAGGAGAGUCAUUUGCACUGUGCCCCUCAAUGUCCUGCACUCGAUCCAAUUCACUCCUGCACUCCUGCCGCUCAAGACGCAGGCAAGUGUCGAAGGCCAUGCAAACCACGUCGUCAAAUGCCACGUCGAGGUUGCCAAGCCUGAGCUCAGAUCGCUAGGUUCGUUCAACUACCCCCACGGGAAGUUGACGUACACCUUUGGCGAUGGUACCACGCCGGCGGGGAACACUCAUCUGGUUGCGUUCGGAAGCUCUCUCCCCGGUGUGCACCUUCAGGCAGAGGAGGACAUCAAUGCAACUCUGGAGGCAUGGAAGCAGCUUCUGCCCGGGACAGAGGACAAGGAUCUGAAAAGAGUGGUCUUCCACAAUUGGCACAACGAUGAGUUUGCCAGAGGUGCAUGGGAGUGGUUCAAGCCAAACCAAGUCAGCCGCUACCUUGAUGCGUUGCGGGAGAAGCAAGGGAACGUUUGGUUUGGAAGUGCAGACUGGGCCAUGGGCUGGCGAGGAUUCCUGGAUGGUGGCAUAGAGGAUGGCCAAAGAGUUGCGAAGGAAGUUGCUGACAAUCUGAAAGCGUCAAGAUCACUAAGAGUGACUACUCGUCUGUGA